CUGCGGUCCAACCGGACCACUCUCAGCGCUGUGAGGAUUCUUCAGAGCUGGUUCCGACCGGUUCGGUUCAAGAUAAACGAAGCUGAAUUUCGGACUUUUUUUUUUCUUUCGCGCCGACAGUUUGAGAGAAACUUUUAACGGAUUUGUGAGGAUAAACUGAUUUUCUCCGUCCGUUGGAACUUCUGACUGAUUUCAUUUCUGUUAAAUUACCGGUCCGAACCGUCCCCGCGGAGCGACACCGCCCCCGAACAUCAGAGCACCACCGCACCGAACCCAAACCAAGCUCCCCGUCUCACCUGAGCGCUCAGGUGUGGAUCUGAGGUGCGAACAAACUUAAAGUCCGAGAGAUUUAAAGGGAGUCUGGUGAGAGAGUGGCUGUUUAACCAAAACCAGUGUCUUCACAUCAUCAAUCACAGGUUCCUGUCGUCAUGGCGUCCAAAACCAAGUGGGAGGCGCUGAAGGAGCACCUGAACACACGCAGCGACGACCCCGAUGCAUCACUGGAGGCGAACCUGGAGAACUCCGACCCUGAGCUGUGUAUCCGCCUGCUGCAGAUUCCCACCGUGGUGAAUUACUCGGGUUUGAGGCGACGCCUGGAGAACAGCGACGAGUCCUGGAUGGUCCAGUUCCUGGAGCUGCGGGGUCUGGACCUUCUGAUGGAGGCCCUGGACCGCCUGUCGGGUCGCGGCUGUGCCCGCAUCGCCGACGCCCUUCUGCAGCUGACCUGCGUGGCGUGCGUCCGCGCCGUCAUGAACUCCUCGGCAGGACUGCACUUCAUCCUGGACAACGAGGGCUACGUCAAAACCCUGACCCAGGCUCUGGACACGUCCAACGUGAUGGUGAAGAUGCAGGUGUUCGAGCUGCUGGCGGCGCUCGCGCUCUUCGACCCGCAGGGCCGUCGCCUGACCCUGGCUGCUUUAGAGAACUACAAGAGCCUGAAGAUGCAGCAGUACAGAUUCAGCGUGGUCAUGAACGAGCUCCACGGUACUGAUAACGUCCCGUUCAUGGUGGCUCUGAUGGGCCUGAUCAAUGUUCUGAUCCUGGGACAAGAAGAGCUGCGGCGGAGGGUCCGACUGCGCCACGAGUUCAUCGGGCUGCAGCUGCUGGAUCUCCUCCCCAAACUAAGGGACACGCAGGACGAGGACCUGAACAUCCAGUGCGAUGCGUUUGAGGACUCCAUGGCCGAGGACGAGGACGAGAUGGAGAAACUGUACGGAGGCAUUGACAUGAGCAAUCACCAGGAGGUCUUCAACUCGCUCUUCACCAAGGUGUCUAGCUGUCCAUCCUCUGUCCAGCUGUUGUCCAUCCUUCAGGCCUUGUUGAUGGUGGAUCCGUACCAAGCUAACGUCUGGUUGGCUCUGGAGAAGCUGACUGAUCGAGCCACCCUGCUGGCCCAGGACCCUGAUUUAGACUCAGGAGAGUCACUGCUGGACAGGCUCCUCCCCCAAAAAUCUCUCUCGUCCAAUCAAAAGAUCCCAACGGUUGACAGGGGCGUUCAGACCCGGCUGUUGAACUAUCCUGACGAAUCAGAGCAACCCAGACAAAACACUUUAACACUGCCACAACAGGCUCCUCCCACUUCCACAGCUUGUCCCCCACCUCCCCCUCCCCCUUUACUUGGAGCUCCACUUCCCAAUCCCCCUCCACCGUUACCUGGAGUUGGAGCUCCACCCCCUCCUCGUCCACCUUUACCUGGCAUGGGACCUCCUCUUCCUCCACCUUUACCUGGCAUGGGACCUCCUCCUCCUCCACCUUUACCUGGCAUGGGACCUCCUCCUCCUCCUCCUUUACCUGGCAUGGGACCACCUCCUCCACCUCCUCCUUUACCUGGCAUGGGACCACCUCCUCCACCUCCUCCUUUACCUGGCAUGGGACCUCCUCCUCCUCCACCUUUACCUGGCAUGGGACCUCCUCCUCCUCCUCCUUUACCUGCUCCUCCUCCUCCACCUUUACCUGGCAUGGGACCUCCUCCUCCUCCUCCUUUACCUGGCAUGGGACCUCCUCCUCCUCCUCCAGAUGAAUUCAUCACCCCUCAGAAAGCUUUAGGUACAUUUUCCAGCCCUACCAGUUACGUAAGCCCCACCCCCUGCCCGACCCUCAGAAUGAAGAAACUGAACUGGCAGAAACUCCCUCCCAAAGUGGUGACGGAUCAUCAGUCUUUGUGGUCCUCGGGGUCUUCCGACCUGGUGGAACCAGAUUACAGCUGCAUUGAGCAGCUCUUCAGUCUUCCUCCAACAGAGACAAAAACCAAAACCUUGACCAAGUCCGAGAUAAAAGAGAUUUCCUUCAUCGAUGCCAAGAAAAGCCUGAACCUCAACAUUUUCCUGAAACCAUUCAGAUGUACCCAUGAGGAGUUUGUGUCUCUGAUCCUGAACGGUGACCGAUCCAAAUUUGACGUGGAAGUCCUGAAACAGCUGAUCAAACUGCUUCCAGAAAAACACGAGAUAGAAAACCUGAAGUCUAACAAAGCAGAAGAAGACAAGAUGGCAUCAGUGGACAAGUUUUACCUGAAGUUGUUGGAUGUCCCCAGUUACACCCUGAGGAUCGAGUGCAUGUUGCUGUGUGAGGAGAGCAGCUGUGCUUUAGACACUCUGAAGCCCCGAGCUGAACUUGUGGACCAAGCCUGCCAGAGUUUGAGGGAGAGCACUCGGCUGCCCAGCUUCUGCAAACUCAUCCUCAGUGUUGGCAAUUUCCUCAACUAUGGAACUCACACUGGGAACGCUGAAGGUUUUAAGAUCAGCACUCUGCUCAGACUGACGGAAACCAAAGCCAACAAGUCCAGAAUCACACUGCUGCACCACAUCCUGGAGGAGGUGGAGGAGAACCAUCCCGACCUGAUGAACCUGCCCGACGACCUGGAGAUCUGUGAAAAGGCUUCUGGGGUGAACAUGGAGUCAAUUCAGACCGAGACCAACUCUCUGACGACGCGGCUGAAAAAUUCUGAGAAGAAAGUUUUAUCUUCUUCUGAGGAUGUGAAGAAACAAUACCUGGCGGCAAUCCAGGAGAGCCUGCGGGCGUGCGAGCAGCUGCAGCAGGUGAUGUCAUCGGUGGAGGAGAAGAGGCGGGACUUAGCCGACUACCUGUGUGAGGACAGCGUCCGUUUCUCCCUCGAUGAGCUCUUCAGCAUCAUCAAGACCUUCAGAGGCCUCUUCAUCCGGGCAGUGAAGGAGAACGAGUGCCGCAGGGAGCAGGAGGCGAAGAGAAAGAAACAAGAGAAGAAGCUUAAAGGAGAAACUAACAAGACUGUUAGGAGAGACGUGGCUCCGCAGGACGAAGGCUGCAUCAUUGACAACCUGCUGGCUGAGAUCAGGAAAGGCCACAACCUGAGGAAGACCAGACCACAGUCCAGGAGGAGCAGCCGAGGACAGGGACGUGCUUCAAUCAUACGGAAGUCAAAGGCCGUGGAUGAACCGGAUUCUUCUGUUCCUGAACUGUCCCUGAAGCCCCCAGAGGAGGUCCAGGUUCACAAAGCUCCACCUACUGAAACAAGUUCUGAACCAGGACCUGCUGAGUCUAACCAGGAUCCCUCAGAACCCCAGAAUGAACCGGAUUCUUCUCUUCCUGAACUGUCCCUGACGCCCCCAGAGGAGGUCCAGGCCCACAAAGCUCCACCUACUGAAACAAGUCCUGAACCAGGACCUGCUGAGCCUGACCAGGAUCCCUCCGAACCCCAGAAUCCCCCUGAACCCUCUGUUCCCACCGUUACUGCUGCUGAUACUGAGGAAAAUCAGAGCCCGAAGGAGGUUCAGGACCCCGAGGAGGACUCCCACUCUGACACCAAGACCAGAAGGGAUGCAGGAAUGGAGGAGGUCCAGCUCAGCUCAGAGGGUCCAGCAGAGAACCAGGACUCUCACAAUCUGAGUGGAAUCGAGGAGUCUGAGUUUGAGGAGAUCAGCACGGCAGAAGUGAGACGAGACGAAGAGGAGGAGAACAGUGAAGAACCAGAUUCUGAUCCUGAUGGACCUUCAGACUCCCCACAGAUCAGCCCAGCAGGUAAGGUACCACCUGAUCAUCAUCCUGAGUCCAUCCCCGGUCCUGUAGUCCUGGUAAGCCCAGCCUGUGUUCUGAAAACACCUGAACUCUCAGACCUGCUGCGUGGUCCAGUCCCCGAUCCCACAUGGGUUUCUGUUAAUGAUGAUGAUGAUGAUGAUGAUGUCACCUUUCUGCUUCAAACCGACCAAUCAGAGCGUCUGUUUAUCUACAGGGACCCUGAGAGGAGAACCAUUUAA